AGAUUGUCAGUUGUUGUAAAUUUCUCAAUGUAUAAGCUUGUAAGCACUAAACGGCGACGGCUGAUACAGCGUCACAACAGUAGAUUAUAUGAUUUUUAGGAUAAUCAGGGCAAUGCGACAUUGCGCAAGUGUUGCAGCUUCUGCAAUUGGAUAGUUGAGAGGCCUUCACUAUUGUGGAACGAUCAUGGCCAAAGACGAUACUCAUAGCUCCAAAGUAACGGAAAGAUGCGUGAACUUCGACGAUGCUCUCACCAUGGCCAAAUUUGGCGCUUGCAAUAUCGUUCUGAUGGCCAUCUCCGGAACGAUAUUAACGGCUUUCCUGCUGGAAACGAUCGGCAUAAGCUAUGUGAUCGCUGUGGCUGGAUGUGAUCUGCAGCUUUCAACCCGUGACAAAGGUGUGCUCAGUGCAGUAGGAUUUCUGGGGGUAAUCGUCAGUUCGCAUUUGUGGGGCUUUCUUGCGGACACUCAAGGGCGCCGAAAGGUGAUCAUUCCAACGUUAUUCGUGACGUUUGCGAUCACUGGCGUUUCUAGUUUGAUGACCAACUUCUGGAUGAUGACGAUAUGUCGGUUUCUUGCUGGGUUCUUUAUUUCUGGUUCGUCAGCGACGAUCUAUGCCUAUCUUGGAGAGUUUCACAACCAUCAGAAUGGAUCCCGGGCUAUCAUGGGAGCAUCGUUCGUGUUCGGAUUGGGUUGCAUAUUGCUGCCAGGAAUAGCCUUCGCCGUAAUCAAUCAAACAUGGGAGUUGCCGAUAUCGUUUCUGGGUGUCGUCUAUCGUCCGUGGCGAUUGUUCUUGGUAGUCUGUAGCGUUCCCGGCUUGAUAUGCGCCAUUAUCUUGCUGUGGUUUCCGGAGAGUCCAAAAUUUGUACUCAUGCAGGGCGAUGUGAACAAAGCGAUUGGCACCAUUCAGUGGAUUCACCGUUUCAAUUGUUGGAGAAAAGUUGAACCACUGCCGAUUGAGUCGAUCCAUGGGGAAAAAGACGAUGAACAAUUCAAAGCACGCCGAGUUGAACUGCAUAGUUCCAAAGGAAUCGCUGGUUUAGUACAGUUGGUCUGGAAACAGACCGCUCCUUUAUUCAUGGGAUCGUUUCUCAAGAAAACUGCCAUAGUAUGUUUUCUGCAAUUCGGAACAUAUUUGACUUCGCAUGGGACUUACAUGUUCUUUCCAAGUAUACUGAACCAAGUUUUCAAGGUUCAAGAAGCCGGUGCCGAUCGAUUCAGUAUUUGCGAAGUAGUGUAUGCUCGGGGAAAUGCAACAGAUACUGAUACCACCGCGGAUGGAGAGUGCCAACAAAUUCUAGACGUUGUCACCUAUGAAAUGUCAUUCAUCUUGGAAGUCAUCUACGCCUUGGGCUUCGCUGUCAUUGGCGUGAUUAUUACCGUUGUUGGAAGAUUGUCGAUUCUGGUAUUUGUCUUCGGUGGAUGUGGAAUAGCGGGUUUAAUAAUCACAUUCAUCGACAUCCCCAUGGUGUCGGUCUGGUGCUACAUGAUACUGGUGAUGUGUGGGUUCUCGGGUAGUAUUGUUAGCGCGAUAACUGUGGACUUGUUCCCCACGAAUGUCAGAGCCAUGGCAGUUUGCAUGUCAUCAAUGUUCGGACGUCUCGGAGGAGUAAUCGGGUCGAAUAUGUUUGGCUUCCUGUUGGAGAGCCAAUGUGAACUCACUUUUGCGAUCCCUAGUGUGCUGUUGCUCACUUGCGGGAUGUUAUCGUUCUUUAUUCCAAAUAUUCGUAAACGAACCCGACCAUCUAACAGCGAUUCAUCUGGAUGUUAGUUUAAAAAAAACUUAGUUACUUACGAAAUGU